AUGCAACCAAGAUCACUACUUAUCAUCAGAUUUUGGAAAUUAGAGCAAAAUACCAAUAGGAACUCAAAAUUCAGCACCAGAAAUGCAAAAAUUUUAUCAGAAAUUAAAUCUUUUAUUUUAUCGGGAAAAAUGAAUUGAGAUAAGACUGAGAUCUUUUAUCAGAAAAUUAAUUUAAGAUCAGACUCAGACCUAUUUUAUCAGAAAACUAAUUAUAGAUCAGAUUUAGAUCAAAAUUGGAAUAUUCAAAAUAUUUUACAAGUUUGAAAAAUUGAAGAGAAGAAAUAA